AUGGCAGCUGCACCCAACUCGAAGCACGUAUUCCACCUGAAGGAUUCUGAACCUUUCUUCAGAUCCGACUAUGGGUCGAUGCAACGAGCUUUUGUGGAUAGUUUCCCAAUCCUCAAAGGCCGGAACAUGUCCAUGAAGCGGUUGAUCCUAGAGGGCAAAGGGAUUCGCGAACCACACUGGCACGCCAAUACCCCAGAACUGACGUACUGUCUCAAAGGAUCUGCUUUGGUCAAUAUCACCGAUACCCAUUCCAAAUUUUCCAGCUUCACGGUAUCUGAAGGUCAAAUGUUCUACGUCGACUCUGGAAGCUUGCACCAUAUCGAAAACGUGUCGGAUACAGAGCCCGCAGAAUUUAUCAUUUGUUUCAGGAGUGAGAAACCUGAAGACUUUUCGCUCGGAGCCUCUUUCGGAGCCAUGACACACGCUGUACUGGGUAAUACCUGGAACGUUCCUACGGAAGCUCUUGAUCAUGUCAACCUGUCGACCGAAGACAGACACAUUAUCCCACGAAAUGGACCUGUCGAAUACCCCAAGUUCCAUUCCGAAAAGGAUCCUCACAAGUUUGACGCGGAAGGGACAGCCCCGAAUCUCAAAGGUGAAGUGGUCGAAGUUCACCAAGCAAAGCAAUCUUUCUGGCCAGCUUUGACUCAAUUGGCAAUGUACUCCAUUCGAGUGGAAGAUAAAGGAAUGCGAGAGCCACACUGGCACCCUAUCACCGCUGAAAUGGGUUACGUUCACGAGGGCAUGGCUCGAAUGACAAUCCUCGACCCGGAUGGCUCGACCGAUACAUACACGCUUAAACCUGGGGAUACGUAUUAUAUCCCCCCGGCUUACCCUCACCAGAUCGAGGUACUGCCUGAAGGCGGUGAUCAUAUUCAUUUCUGCAUCUUUUUCGAUCAGCCCAUGCCUCAGGAUAUAGGGUUUAAAUCGACCAUUGUGGGUGUCCCUCAUGAGACCAUGGCUUCGACGCUAGGUAUAUCGAGGCAAGAGGUCGAUAAGCUGGAAGGGACGGAUGGGACGCCCUUGGUCGUCAAGAGGGUCAACUCUGUGGAUCCAGUCAAGGAUUGGACCGAGUAA